AAGUUUAAUGGAAAUAUCUUUGAAGCCUUUGGGAUAUAUCCAAAUCUGGACUAUAUUGACAUGAGCUACAACCAAUUAUAUGGCCAAAUCUCUCCAAGUUGGGCAUAUUGUCUAAAUUUGACAAAAUUCAGGAUUUCAGAAAAUCUACUUACUGGGAAAAUACCCUCCGAAUUAGGAAAGUUGCUUCAACUAAGAGUCCUGGACCUUUCUUCAAAUCAACUUACAGGAGAUAUACCGAAAGAGUUAGGUAUCAUGAGCUCAUUGUUCAACUUGACCUUAAGUGAUAACAAAAUAUCUGGAGUAAUUCCCUCGGAGUUUGGAAAUUUGUCCAAUUUGGAAAUUCUUGAUUUAUCCGACAAUGACAUCAGUGGCCCAAUACCACCACAAUUAGAGGGGUGUAAUAAACUGCGCAUCUUGAAUUUGAAAAAAAAUAAAUUAAAUGGGAGCAUUCCUCCUCAAAUUGGAGAGUUACAAGGGUUGCAAGAUUUACUUGAUCUGAGCUAUAAUUUUCUUGGAGGAGAGAUACCACCACAACUGGCAAGUCUGACAUAUUUAAUAUCUUUGAACUUGUCCCACAAUAAUCUAUCAGGUGCCGUUCCUUCAUCUUUUGGAAGCAUGUUGAGUUUGUCAUUAAUAGAUGUAUCAUAUAAUAAUUUGGAGGGUCGAGUUCCAAGAAGCAAAUUAUUUCAAAAUGCUAGAGCAGAGUGGUUUAUCCAUAACAAAGAUUUAUGUGGUGAAGUGCCAAAUUUGCCUUCUUGUGGUACAACCACUGUAAUAUGUCUAUUAUCAUUAUUGUAG